AACCAACAGUAUUAAGAUUAGGUCGAAUCUUCAUCUAAUUUAAAAGACAUGCCCCCUCUCCUUACUAUUUGGCCAAACCGACCGCAUCAUUACUUAGCUCUCGGUGAAAAUUGUGGUGGUAAGGACGCGCAAGUGAAGCAAUCAUGACGCGUCUAUCGUGGAUUUCCCUGCUGGGUAUCGCUACCUUAGCGAGCUUAAGCGCCGGGCUAUCAACAACCCCGAAGAACACCUCGUUCCCGAAACCGACAUGGAAACGUCUCUCCACGGGAAGCGACGCGCGUUUCCGCGGCUUAGCACCCGUGUCGGAUAAGAUCGCGUGGGUAUCAGGGACGAGCGGGAUUGUUCUGCGCUCUACAGACGGCGGCAACACGUGGGAAUCCGUCGGCCCUGAACUAUCGGGGAUAGAUUCCGCACUUGAGUUCCGCGACAUCGAAGCGUGGUCUGCAGAAAAGGCCGUCAUAUUGUCAAUUGGCGAGGGCAACAGCUCGCGCAUCUACGUCACGGAUGAUGGCGGCGCGACCUGGACACAGUCGUUCACGAACCAGGAACCGGCUGCGUUUUACGACUGCAUCGCGUUUGAGGACGCGAAGCGGGGAAUGGCGAUGAGCGACCCUGUCGAUGGGAAGAUCCGAUUAAUAGAGACGCAGGACGGCGGCGCGACUUGGGAUAUUCUCAACUCUGACGGUAUGGUCCCGGCGCUCGAAGGCGAGUCGGGUUUCGCCGCGAGUGGAACGUGUCUUGCAACAACGGCCGGCCGCUGGUAUGUUGCGUCGGGGGGUGUCGACCCUGGCCGCGUAUUCAGGAGCAGUGACGGUCACCACUGGGCCGUUUCGGAUGCUUCUAUAGCCGGCGGCGAGGGUUCCGGUGUCUUCUCGGUACAGUUUCGCGAUGCGAAGCGCGGCAUCGCUGUUGGCGGAAACUAUUCUGCACCUACGGGAGCUAUUAACAAUGCAGCGUGGUCAGAAGACGGUGGUGUAACUUGGGUCCCGUCUACGUCGUUUCCCGGCGGUUAUCGCUCUGGGUCUUCCUGGGUUCCUGGACGUUUCAAUAUAGCUCUUGCGGUAGGCCCAACAGGAUCAGAUUAUAGUCUCGAUGGAGGUAGGAAUUGGCAUGGGUUUGAUAAUAGUAGCUUGGAUAGUGUGGAGUGUGUAAAGGGGGAUGUCUGUUGGGCAUCUGGGGAAAAGGGUGCGGUAGCACGCCUCGUAUUUGUGUAAACUUCGAACAUUGUAAUAGUGAAAUAUAGUAUAAGCUCAAGAGCAGUCAUUGUUCCCUCAGA